AACUUAUUAAAUAGAUUUCGAUGUCUUUUUCUGCUCUGUUUAUCCUCGACGUCAAAGGAAAGCCGUUGAUGUCAAGGGACUACAAAGGUGAUAUUCCAUCAAACUGUAUUGAUAAAUUCAUGCACGUUGUUCUUGAGAAAGAAGACGAAGGCAGCGUAUCUCCUAUUUUGAAACUGGAAGACAUCACCUACAUGUACAUCAAACACAGCAAUCUUUACCUUGUCGCUGUUGGCAAAAACAAUCCAAACGCAUCGCUUGUCUUUGCAUUCCUCCACAAACUAGUUCGGGUGUUCCAAGAAUACUUUAAAGAACUGGAAGAGGAAAGUGUUCGAGAUAACUUCGUGGUUGUGUAUGAAUUGCUGGACGAAAUAGUGGACUUCGGGUAUCCACAGUUCACAGACUCCAAGAUUCUGCAAGAGUACAUCACACAGGAGGGCCAGAAGUUGGACCUGGCCCCCAGACCACCACCAGCAGUCACCAAUGCAGUGUCGUGGCGUCUAGAAGGAGUCAAAUACAGAAAGAAUGAAGUAUUCUUGGAUGUCAUUGAAUCCGUCAACCUACUGGUGAAUGCGUCUGGGACUGUUCUGAGAAGUGAAAUAGUUGGUGCAAUCAGGAUGCGCGUGUUUCUCAGUGGCAUGCCCGAGCUAAGGCUCGGUUUAAAUGAUAAAGUGCUGUUCGAAAACACAGGAAGGGCGAGAAACAAGGCUGUGGAGCUGGAGGAUGUCAAAUUCCACCAAUGUGUUCGUCUGUCCAGAUUCGACAACGACAGAACCAUCUCAUUCGUCCCACCCGACGGAGAAUUUGAGCUCAUGUCAUAUCGUCUUAACACACAAGUGAAGCCUCUGAUUUGGAUUGAAUCAGUGAUCGAGCGACAUAGUCACAGCAGAGUGGAAUACAUGAUCAAAGCUAAGUCACAAUUCAAGAGACGGUCCACGGCGAACCACGUUGAGAUAGUGGUGCCAGUGCCGAGUGACGCCGAUUCGCCCAAGUUCAAGACGUCAGUCGGCUCAGUCAAAUACAUCCCCGAAGACAGCACUGUAGUCUGGUACAUUAAGAGCUUCCCAGGCGGCAAAGAGUUCCUUAUGAGAGCCCACUUCAAUCUGCCCAGUGUGGAGGCGGAUGAAGACGAGGGCAGACCCCCGAUCCACGUGAAGUUCGAGAUCCCCUACUUCACCACUUCCGGCAUCCAAGUGCGCUAUCUGAAGAUCAUCGAGAAGAGUGGUUACCAAGCACUGCCAUGGGUACGCUACAUCACCCAAAACGGAGACUAUCAAGUGCGGACGAAUUGACUAGAAUUGGAAAAGGGGUGGCCAGUGGAGACUACAAACCCCUUUCGUGAUGAACAAACAGAAUGGACUGUUAAGUCUAAAAUCCCCAGUUCAAACUUUCCCUCGACAUCUUUAUUUGAAUCAGAUCAACCGGUUGUAACUUAAACGUAUUAUAUGUAUAAAUUUUUUGAAAAUAGGUUUGAAUAUUUGACGCUAUUUAAAUUUAAUGUAUAUUUAAGUGUUA